GACAGGGGGACAGUGAGGACCAGGGUUGAUGUAACCUGACACCAGAUAGGCAGUGCACCAGAUAAUCAAAAACACAUAAAUAAAUAAAGCAGAUUCCAACAAGCUUAUAGAUGGUGUUAGCCUGAGGUAAACAGUGUAAUCCAAAUCCUGGAAAAACUCUGCAUUUAUUCCUGAGCAUGCUCUGGUUUACAGGAAAUUAUAAGUGAAAGUGAAAGAGCAACUGUUAAAGGCUUAAAGUGAAACUAAGGAUCAGUUUUCAGCUGAAGCAGCCGAGAGAAAAGCUAGAAUUCCUUCCUUGCAUCUUCUUGAUAAAUGAGUAACUAUUUAAAGUAGAAAGAAAAGGCAAUUGUUCCACCUAACUCUGAAGGACAAGGACGCUGUCUUCCUUCCUGAGAUCUUUUACAACAUUGGAGCGAAAUGCCAGACAAAAAGCUUUGCCUGGAGGCCCUGUCGGCUCUCUCCAGCUGUAACGUCGAGGAAACAACUGGAGCCUCACAGCUCACAUCGCAGGAUUUUGUCAACAUUGUAGCCCUUAGAGAGUUUUACAAGCAGGAGGGAUUUAAAGAACUGGAGUACCCAAGCUUGGGAACGUUAUCCUUGCAGGACUUGGAAAAUCAGGACAUGUACAGCGCCCCACCAGCAUUAACCUAUGAACCUGUGACGAGCCUUAAACCAACUGUUGAAAUCAACACCCAAGACUUCUUCCAUCCGCAGUAUGACUACGAUUUCACCAACGUAAAGGAUGGUGAUAAGGUAUUUGUGCGUGGAAAUGAGAAGUACAUUCGCCCCUGUGGAUGGCAACGGUCCGCUCUGCGCGUCAAAGGGAAGUAUGAUGGUGGGGACGGUUGGCUGGGGACAGGGAAGGACGCCUGGCCAGUCUCCUACCAUGGCCACAACAUGGACGGCUCCCUUGGCAUCAUCAUCACCCAUGAUGGCCCACCAGACGAUGAGCCAAGCUUUCUGGAUGCUGGAGCCGCCUCUUUGCAAAACCCCGACACCAGAGGCAGGGGCGUGUACUCAACCCCUGACAUCAAGAUGGCGGAGAAGCACUGCAAGACAUUCAAGUAUAGCGGGGAUGGGAAGACGUACAAAGUGGUUCUUCAGAACCGUAUCAACCCUCAAAAAAGGAAGAACUGCCAGAGAGAGGGCGUCUGGCUGGUGUACAUCCCGGAAGGCAGCACCAACGUGCAGGAGAAAGUCAUUAUAGAGGAUUCCCUUCGUCCGUAUGGACUCCUGAUAAAGCAGGUGUGACUUCUUGGAUGCUUGGAAGAUUCAGGGAUGUCACAAGCUGUAAAAGUUGUGCAAACUUCUUUCACCUUUGGAAAAUAGAAAUGCUUUGCAAAAAGUGUGAAAUCUGUUUCAAUCAGGGCUAUGUGGAAAUGAUUCUGAUAGUUUCUUCAGUUACUGUUUGCUGUAGUCGCUUUAGCUAAGUGACUUCCAAUUUCCGAUCAGGAACACCACUGGCACAUAAAGACUUUAUUUUUUUUUUUUCUAUUUAGAUUGUAGCCUCGUUUUAUUUUUAUGAACUAUUGCACAUAAUUGAACUGACAUGACAAAAAAGAAAUGAAUCCUCCAUAAUGACUCAAUCAUUAAAUGAGCAUUAUAAACCUGUCGAUUUGCAAAGAUUGUUUCAUUAAUUUUUCGUACCUGUAAGCUUCAUAAUGUGGUGUGGGGUUUUUUAUGUUUACUGCCUAGUGUAAUUGGAAAUCCUUUUGUCUGAACUGAUUUUUUUACUGUAAUCAUCUGUCUGUCUCCUGUGAGUUAAGUCUGUAAAAAAUGUCAUAAAUAUUAAAAUGGAGAGCACAAAUCCUUUAACUAUGAUGUAUUUCACUGCAUUUUUGGCACUGACAUCAAGUUUGACAUUUAGGAACUGUGCCUCCUUUUCACAAAGCGAAGACAUGCUUGCAGAACAGCAUUUACCUCCCACUGAUUGUUUAUUUUUACACUUGCGUCACUUAAAACCGGUAAAACCUGCUUUAAAACACAGUGCAUCUCAAAGCUAAGUUUAAGUAUUAUGAAAUGUGUAUUGCACAGUGUUGAAUAAAUCUUUCUGUUAAUACAAA